GUAGUAGAUUUUAUUUUACUAGGCCCUAUUGUUAUUAAUUUUAACAAAUCACGUUAACUUUCACAAAUGAAGAAAACUAAGAAUAAGUCUACUAAAUACUCAUUGCAGCUAGAAACUAACAAGUUAAUAUUUGAAAAAGAUAGCGCAUGGUCAUGGGUUGCAUGCUUUUGCGCAUUUCAAACCUGUGUUCUCAUAACUGGAAUAUUACACGGGUUUGGUGCCUUUCUUGUGGAAUUUACUCGUGAAUUUAACACAACAAAGGGAAAUGCAGCCUGGGUCAGUUCACUGGCUUACGGGAUAUCGAUGUUUGCCGGUCCAGUUGCCAGCAUGUUGACCAACCGGUAUGAACAGCGAUUCGUCAUGAUGGUCGGUGCCGCUCUGUGUGCUAUAGCCAAUUUAACGUCAUCCUUCGUGACGUCAUUUCAGAUCCUGUUUCUGACCUUUUCUCUUGUCUUUGGUCUUGGUGCCAGUCUGGCAGUCACGUGUACCGUGACGAUCUCUCAGGAAUAUUUCGACAAGUACACGACGGUUACAAUGGGCUUGAUUGCUGCUGGCAGUAGUUUCGGGACGCUGGUGAUGGCACCGCUGUCGCAGUUCCUGCUGGAUACCGUGGGAUGGAGAAAUUCUUUGAGAGUUUAUGCUGGUACUUGUGGAUUCUCCAUGUUGUGCAAUAUGUUAUUGAUUCCCAUAUCACGGCCAAAUAAAAAUCGUUUUGACAACGUGCGAACAUCACCUCUGCGGAAGCUCAUGGAAGAUCUAAAACUGUGGAAGAACAGGGUCUUCGUUGUCUGGACAUGCGCCAUAACAUGUGUAAUGUUUGGAUAUUAUAUCCCGUAUGUUCAUAUGGUAUCUUACGCUGCUGACUGUGGAAUAAGUCCCAACAAAGCUUCCUUUCUGAUCAUGAUUCUUGGGACGAGCACGGCUUCUGGAAGAAUUCUCUUCGGAAAGAUAAUCCAGUUCGGCUUGCUGGACAGGGUGCGCAUGCACCAGCUCUCCAUGGUGAUCACUGGGGCGGGAACGAUGUUUCUGCCCAUGAUAAAGUCUUUUUCCGGGCUAGCGGCCUACAUCGUCAUCGUCGGCCUUGUUGACGGGUGUUACGUGGUGCUGCUGCCCUUGCUGACGUGUUCGUUGAUGGGUUCAGAAAAGAUGGUACUAGCGUGGGGAUUUCUGAUUGGAACUGCCUCCUUCACAUUCAUGCUAGGACCGCCAGUUGCAGGUUUUCUGUAUGAUGCGACUGGUUCCUACAACCUGGCGUUCCACAUUGCUGGCAUUCCAAUAUUAUCGGGAGCCAUCAUAAUGUUUCUCAUCCCCUGGGCUCAGAGAACCUCAGAAACUAACAACAUACUCCAGGACCUUGAAGUGUCCAGAAACCUGGAAGACGAUGAGAUCGUAGACUUCAUAACGCUGAGCAAAGUUCCGUCGCUCGUUUCGACCACUAGAUCGAAAAUCACCCUAGCGGGAUCUCGCAGAGACAACGAGCCUAUACAGCCGGAGUCUGUGUCGCUGAUGGACGCCGACUGGGGCGCGUAUUUUGUGAACAACCUCAACCAGGUGACGUUUCUACCCGGCAACGUGAUCAGCAGGCCGGGCAUGAGGGAGGCGGAUUUCGACCUCCAGGCGCUAGAGAGGAACGAGCAGGUGCUGUCCGACAUGCUGAGGACGUCGGCGAUAUCUCCCGUGUCGCCCAUUCGUAUCUCCGGAGCUGCCGCGGCCGCGCUCAUCAUCGGCAGUUCGCCAAGAUGCCAGUCAUUGAGAAGCGGUUCUAGGAGAAGCGAUGUGAUUAACAUUUCGUCUAGCACGCCCAGAAGGCACCCAAGACCCUUCACACGCGGCAGAGACGACGCCGACGAACCUGGAGGCUGUUCCAACGACGCUGCGUGUCAAACGAACUUGACCUUCUCAGUCUAUUCCCCAUCAAACCAGUUUGCGAGCGCAGGCCGUUCUCCCAGCAAGGUCAUCAUCUCUCCCAGCAAGGUCAUCAUCUCUCCCAGUAAGGCCUUCUCUCCGUCUAGGGGUCUUUCUCCACUACGCCACGUGGUUCUCAAUGAACGCCAAGCAAGAAGUGGAUCACCUCCUACUGCGACCACCUCUUCAAACGAGUCGGACUCGAGGUACACGGACGGGUUGAUAAUAUUCGACACGAUACCCGAAUACGUUAGCAAAACGAAUCUAACGGAAAUUCAGAAUAGAACAGACGAUCAGUUUUCAGAAGCAGCGAGCACACACCGCCACGAGCAGCCAAUAGACGAUCGCGUUUCAGAACCAGCGAGUGCAUGCUGUCACGAGCCGCCGGCUAGUUCUCCUUCCAUGAGAAACAGAGAAACAAUACCGACUGGUCAUCGUCCGGAUUACCCCCAGUUCUACACGAGUCAUAACAGAAAAGAUUACUCGGUUGGUCCGAAGAAUGUCGCCUUCGAGACGCAGCCAGUCGACAUUCCAAUACCAGAUGUCGAUGUUACAGACCAGUGUUCGGACUACGAAAUGUUUCAGAUGGAACUGCCGCCAUCUCCACCAAAGGAAGAUGAGUGCAUACCAAUGAUGCCAUCAACGCCGGUGCCUAUCCGGAAACGAUUACCCGACUCUGACACAACUCAGCAUACUGACGACUCAUUGGAUAACGCUGACGUUUCCGAUUUCGUGUCACAGUCGACUGAGUCGCCUGUCUCGACACAGCCACCUCCUCAAAAUAAACCCGCGUCGCCAUCAUCGACUGCAGGAACAGUUACCAAUGCUGAAACCGUACCCGACGUUGGCGAGCGACGGUCUGCGUUAAAGACUUGCUUAGCAACCAGAGAUGAUCCCCUGGUUACGACACCCGAGCCUCCCAGGAGAACUGCUUCGACCACGACAGUCCAGCCUGGGGCUGUUUUCGUAAUGGAUCCACUGUCUCCACCUGAAGCAGACGACAAUUUUAUGGCCGGCGCUUCGUCCGCGACGCCAGAUAGUCGGCAGGUUAUGUCUGAUAAUCUGUUGACUCGCUCUGUUAAAUCUACGGAGAGCAAAGAAGACUUCAUUGGUCCAGUUAGGUCUACUUAUUCUUCGAGUACUAUCUAAUGGAUAACUAACUUCAUGUGGGAAUGGAUCUAUUGAGUCUUUACCACCAGCCUGAACAUAAAUGACAUCCCCGCCAACACAAACAGCAGCUCAAAACAUCAACCUAGAUACACUGUGCAUGCUUAAAAUGCUACUCGGAUUAUUUUAAUUCACCAACAUGCCGUGCUAUUAUUUGGCAAUUAAAUGUGGUCAGAU